CUCUCAGCACAUACACCCGGGGCUGAGCGGUUCUGCCGACUGCAGCCGUGGGCCCCUGCUCACCGUGCGGCUGCCACUGCCUGCGAAAUGACGGCUGUUCCCCUCACUUCCAGGAAUCCACGCUUCCUGGAAGGUGAGUGGCUGGGCUCACCCCUGCCUGCCACCGAGACGCAGACAUGCACACACCACCCGCACUCCCUCGCCGUUUCCAAGGCGGCGGCCGCGUUCGCACCCCAGGGUCUCACCGGCAAGGGAAGGAUAAUCUGGAGAGGGAGCUCUCAGGAGGGUGUGCUCCGGAUUUCUUGCCUCAGGCCCAGGACUCCAACCAUUUUAUAAUGGAAUCUUUAUUUUGUGAAAGUAGCGGGGACUCAUCUCUCGAGAAGGAGUUCCUUGGGGCCCCAGUGGGGCCCUCGGUGAGCACCCCAAACAGCCAGCACUCUUCACCCAGCCGCUCGCUCAGUGCCAACUCCAUCAAGGUGGAGAUGUACAGCGAUGAGGAGUCGAGCAGACUGCUGGGGCCGGAUGAACGGCUCCUGGAUAAGGAUGACAGUGUGAUUGUGGAGGACUCAUUGUCGGAGCCCUUGGGCUACUGCGAUGGAAGCGGACCAGAGCCUCACUCCCCUGGCGGCAUCCGGCUACCCAACGGCAAACUCAAGUGCGACGUCUGCGGCAUGGUCUGUAUUGGACCCAAUGUGCUCAUGGUACACAAGCGCAGCCACACUGGGGAAAGGCCCUUCCACUGCAAUCAGUGUGGUGCCUCCUUCACACAGAAGGGGAAUCUGCUGCGUCACAUCAAGCUGCACUCAGGGGAGAAGCCCUUCAAAUGUCCCUUCUGCAACUACGCCUGCCGCCGGCGUGACGCCCUCACUGGCCACCUCCGCACACACUCAGUCUCCUCUCCCACCGUGGGUAAACCCUACAAGUGCAACUACUGUGGCCGGAGCUACAAACAGCAAAGCACCCUCGAGGAGCACAAGGAGCGCUGCCACAACUACCUACAGAGUCUCAGCACCGAUGCCCAGACGUUGGCUGGCCAGCCAGGUGAUGAAAUCCGUGACCUGGAGAUGGUGCCUGACUCAAUGCUGCACCCAUCGACAGAGCGGCCAACUUUCAUCGACCGUUUGGCCAACAGCCUCACCAAACGCAAGCGCUCCACCCCACAGAAGUUUGUAGGAGAAAAGCAGAUGCGCUUCAGCCUCUCAGACCUUCCCUAUGAUGUGAACCCCAGCGGUGGCUAUGAAAAGGACGUGGAGCUGGUGGCACACCAUGGCCUGGAGCCUGGCUUCGGAGGGUCUCUAGCCUUUGUGGGUACCGAGCACCUUCGUCCCCUCCGCCUUCCGCCCACCAACUGCAUCUCAGAACUCACACCUGUCAUCAGUUCUGUGUACACCCAAAUGCAGCCCCUCCCCAGCCGACUGGAGCUUCCAGGGUCACGAGAAGCAGGUGAGGGACCCGAGGACCUGGGAGACGGAGGUCCCCUCCUUUAUCGAGCCCGAGGCUCUUUGACUGACCCCGGGGCAUCCCCCAGCAAUGGCUGCCAGGACUCCACAGAUACAGAGAGCAACCAUGAAGAUCGGAUUGGCGGGGUGGUAUCCCUCCCUCAGGGUCCCCCACCUCAACCUCCUCCCACCAUAGUGGUGGGCCGGCACAGUCCCGCCUAUGCCAAAGAGGACCCCAAACCACAAGAGGGGUUGUUGCGGGGCACCCCAGGCCCCUCCAAGGAAGUGCUUCGGGUGGUGAGUGAGAGCGGUGAGCCUGUGAAGGCCUUUAAGUGUGAACACUGCCGCAUCCUCUUUCUGGACCACGUCAUGUUCACCAUCCACAUGGGUUGCCAUGGCUUCAGAGACCCUUUCGAGUGUAACAUCUGUGGUUAUCACAGCCAGGAUCGGUAUGAGUUCUCUUCCCACAUCGUCCGGGGGGAACAUAAGGUGGGCUAGAAAC